AUUUAUCUUUAUUUUAUUUUCAUUUUCCUUUUUUAUUUUAUCUUUAAUUAUUUUAUUUAAUAUUUAAUCUGUUUUUAUCUUUAAUUUAUCUUUCUUUUAUUUUAUUUUUUAUAUUAUCUUUAGUUUUUUAUUUUAUUAUAUUGUUAUCUUAAUGUUUUUUUACUCUGUACUUGUGCUGCUGUAACACCUGUAUUUUCUUAUACUUAAUAUUUUUUUUAUUUCAACCUGUUUUUAUUUUGCCGUCAAGAGAAUUGAUAAAGAAAAGACUGGAGGUGUUACACUGUUUUGUGUCCGUCAUUGAUGACGCUCUACACGUCACUUCCGGAAAACACCGGAAGCUGAAUUCUCUCCCGCAGCGAGAAAAUGGCGUCGAGAAGGAGCAUCAGCUUCUCUUUGUUUCUUUAAAAGGGUUUAAACCGGAUCAUUCAGAGCCGCCAAGAGUCCGGAUGAAUCUUUCUGAAAGGACCAACACGGAACAUUUCCCGCUGACUCAAUAUUUAUAUAAAUAUUUACAUCUUUAUCCGCCGGACUACAAAUAUAAACAGUUAGCUUAGCAUGCUAGCUGGUUAGCACCGCGGCGCUAGUCAGAGUGACUGUUUGAUGGAGAGCAAACUGUGUUUCUGACGGAGUUUGUGUGGAGAAAAAGUUGGUGUCACUGUGUGAAAAAUGUCUAAAGUCCAAACGGUGAGAGCGCUGGUGGAGCAGCGACUGACUGCGGCUGCUGAAGAGAUAUUUGGGCUGUUUGAAAGAACGAUAGCAGAGUACGAGGAGCAACUUUGUCGUUCAAAAGAGAAGAACGAGCGACAGCAGAAACUACUGGACGCUGUUUUCAACCCUCAGAUUCACUUACACAGAGCAGACGUUCAGCAGCUGCCUGUGACCAAAGAAGAGGUCCCCCCUGAGCAGCAGGACUCCGGUCUAGACCAGGACCAGGAGGACCAGGAGCCCCUACACAUUAAAGAGGAACAGGAGAGUGACUCCACUCAGCUCCUGAAGGUCCACAGAAGGGAUCAUGCAGCAGAGGAAGAGUUCAUAAAAGGAGGAACUCUGAGCCAACACAUGGCGGUCCAAACUGUGCUACAGCCAGAGCCUGCACACAUUAAAGAGGACCAGGACCAGGAGGAGCCAGAGCCCCCACACAUUAAAGAGGACCAGGACCAGGAGGAGCCAGAGCCCCCACACAUUAAAGAGGAACAGGAGGAACCUUGGACCAGUCAGCAGGGAGAGCAGCUUCAGGGGCUGGAGGAGGCUGAUAUCACCAAGUUCACAUUCACUCCUGUCCCUGUGAAGAGUGAAGAAGAUGAAGAGAAACCUCAGUCCUCACAGCUUCAUCAAACACAGACUGAACAGAUGGAAACAGAAGCUGCUGGAGAGAACUGUGGAGGACCAGAACCACUCAGGACCGAUGAUCCAAAUGGCUACUAUCAUCCCGUCGGUGGUGAGAAGCCUGGAGACUCCUCUGAGUUGAGGUCUGCUCUCAGUUACUUUUGGAGGGAGACCAGAGAACCUCAGUCAGGUUUAGACUUUCUGAAGAACAUUGGAUAUAAUGCUGAUGGGAAAUCCUUCCGCUGCUCUGAGUGCGGCAAACGAUUCAACCAGAAUUCAAAUCUUAAGACGCACAUGAGAACGCACACAGGAGAGAAACCGUUCAGCUGCUCAGUUUGUGGUAAAAAGUUUGCGCAGAAGGCCCAUCUGCAGAACCAUUUCAAAUGUCACACAGGAGAAAAACCCUACGGCUGCUCACUGUGCGACAAACGCUUCUCACGAUGUGAACAUUUACAGCUACACAUGAGAACGCACACGGGAGAGAAACCGUUCAGCUGCAGCGUCUGUGACGAGAGAUUCACGUGGCUCAAUCAGUACAAAAACCACAAGUGCGGCGGCGAGUCGUCGCAGCUUCAGGACCUGUGGACCAGUCAGGAAGGAGAGCAGCUUCAGGGGCUGGAGGAGGCUGAUAUCACCAAGUUCACAUUCACUCCUGUCCCUGUGAAGAGUGGAGAAGAUGUAGAGAAACCUCAGUCCUCACAGCUUCAUCACAGACUCAUCAAACGCAUGAAAACAGAAGCUGGUGGAGAGGACUGUGGAGGACCAGGACCUCACAGGACCUCUGACCCAGACGGUCUACAGUCACAUGGUCUGACAUGUAACCCGUUCAUUGGACAGUAUUGGUGACGUCGUCAUGGUGUUGAUCCUGAAGUGUUUGAAUGAGGACAGGAAAAAUAUUUCUGCCACUCUGCUUGAGUUUGUGUUGAGGUUUUAUCAGGUAGCAUGUAGCAUGUCAGGUAGCAGGUUAGUUAGCUGGUUAGUUAGCUGGUUAGCAGCUGAUCUGCAGGAUGAUGAAUAAUGCACAGUCGGGCUUCAUGAUUUGCAAAAAGUAAAAUGUAAUUGCAAUUAAUCUGGGUGAAAUCGUGAAUACAAUUUGAUUCGAGAUAUAUGAGGAAAUUGAUCUCUCUGCAUCAUUAAUAGUUUUUUAGUGAAAGAUAUAUUAACCUGAUUGUGGUGUGAAGAGUUUUAUUUAAUUUUUUUUUUCAUUCUGUGUGUGGUCGGGACUCUGCAGCUCCACUGAACUAAUUCAGAGUUUUUAUUUAGAGACACAUUUUUGACAGUUUUUGAUCUUUCUGAUCAGUGGUGAAGCCUCACUCAGCCCUCAGCAGGUGAUUAUCAACUCAGUUAACCCUUAUUUAAAACGUUGGAGUUCUUCUUCCAGGAGGAUCUGGAGAUUCGUCUGGAUGCUUUGGAGGAUUGUGUGUAAAUGUUUCCACUAAUCUGUGGUGAAAUGUCUUCAUGUAGAGGAGAACACAAGGUUCAGGUGCCAGGUGACACUUGAAGUUGUACCUGAAUGCACCAUGAAGUCCCCAUGGCUGCAGUGCAACAGGAAAACAUGCACAUGGUUCUUCUGUAAAGCUGCUUCACCAUCGUCUGCCUGUCAGUCAAACUAACUGAAUGUAAACAUGAAUAUAUUAUUCCUCAGCAGCACUACGAACGUCUCCUCGUGUCUCAUGUCCGACAGCGAGGACGAGAGACAGACGAGAGGACGGAGAACCCAAAUGACAAAAUCUUUGUCCCGUAGCGUCAGACAGUCAGUCACUGCUACAAAUGUCCUUAAAAUGGACAGAUGGAUGGAUGGAUGGUUGGUUGGUUGGUUGGUUGGAUGGAUGGAUGGAUGGAUGGUUGGUUGAUUGGUUGGAAGGAUGGGUGGAUAAAAUCUUUGUUCCGUAGCGUCAGACAGUCAGUCGCUGCUACAAAUGUCCUCAAAAUGGACGGAUGGAUGGAUGGAUGGAUGGAUGGUAGGACGGAUGGAUGGAUGGAUGGUAGGAUGGUAGGAUGGAUGGUGGGUGGGUGGGUAUUUAGGUAGGUAGGUAGAUAUAGACCUUCCCAUUCAAUGGUUGUUAUUUAUUUUUAUUAUUUAACAUUGUAUAUUAAUACUACAGAUAAUCAAAUCUAUGACGGAUCACGUGUGAAAUUAUGUAGUAAACAAAAUAAAAACAGAAUAUGCUUAAUACUUUAGAUUUUUUUCCAGUGAUGGCCAGAUGAAGCUUCAUAAAGCCUUGUUGCUUUCCAUCCAAUUGGUUCACAAACCCCCCUGCUGGUCAAAACAUUUACUGUCAUUUUAACUGUUUGUUAUGGGCCAAUAUAAUUUGACUUUGUGUGGUUCAUUAAUUCAUUUAAUCUGUUUCUGAUUAAUGUGUGGGUAAUGUUAAGAGUCUAUUGUCAAAAAACGUGUCAGUAUGAUUUCAAUAAUCCAAUAGGACAUGAGAUGUUUAUGUUAAAACUGUUGCAGUGUUUUCCAAAGAUUAGACAGUGAUUGAGCUGAUGAAUACUGAUGAUGAUGAUGACUUUAUUCAUUUUUAUUUAAGAAUAUCUUUGCCACUGUGCUUGGACUUGAUUUUGUGGGGAUCCAUUGGGCUUUAUAUACAGAUACAUCUUAAAAAAGAAUUAGAAUAUCAUGAAAAAGUUCAAUAUAAUUUUUUGUCUAUUUCAGAAAGUGAAACUCGUAUAUUAUGACUUUUUAUCUUAUAAUUUCGAAUUUUUAUCUCAUUAUUGACUUUUAUCUCAUAAUUUUGACUUUUUAGCUCAUAAUUAGAAUAGGAUAUUGGAAUAUUGUGGAAAAAGUUAAAUAUUGGAGUCCACAGCAGGCUGAUCUCCUCCAUGCCACCAAGUAUUAAUGCAGUAAAUCAUGCAAAAGGAGCCCAACCAAGUAUUGGUACAGAAAAUAGUAUUGUAUAGAAAUAAACAUACUUUUCAGAAACCUGACAUUUGUGUUUAAAAUAUCCUUCUUUUUUUUUAAUCGAUCUUAUGUAAUAUUCUAAUUUUCUGAGACUCUGAGUUUUGUGUUUUCAUUAUCUCUAAGCCAGAAUCAUCAAAAUUAAAAGAAAAACAGGCUUGAAAUAUUUCACUCUACGCACAAUGAAUCUAUAUAAUAUAUAAAUAUAAGGUCUGCUCUCAGUUACUUUUGGAGGGAGACCAGAAAACCUGAGUCAGGUUUAGGCUUUCUGAAGAACAUUGGAUAUAAUGCUGAUGGGAAAUCCUUCCGCUGCUCUGAGUGCGGUAAACGAUUCAACCAGAAUUCAAAUCUUAAGAUGCACAUGAAAACAAGAGAGAAACCAUUCAGCUGCUCAGUUUGUGGUAAAAAGUUUGUGCAGAAGACCAAACUCCAGAACCAUUUUAAAAUGUCACACAGGAGAAAAACCCUACGGCUGCUCACUGUGCGACAAACGCUUCUCACGAUGUGAACAUUUACAGCUACACAUGAGAACGCACACGGGAGAGAAACCGUUCAGCUGCAGCGUCUGUGACGAGAGAUUCACGUGGCCAAAAAUCAGUAAUCAGGACCUGUGGAGCAGUCAGGAGGGAGAGCAGCUACGUUACUAUACGAGUCAUGAAUCUAUAUGAUGUAUGAGAAUAUUUAACUUUUUCAUGAUAUUCCAAUAUUUUGAGGUGUACCUGUAAAUCUGACCAAGAGUCGGACCGUUCCCCGAACCAGCAAGCUUCAAACGUCUUGAAUGACGUUACUCGUCCUGAAAGAAAAAAUGUUUUUUCCCAAAGCAAAAAAUUAAUCUGAAAUAUAGAACAUAUUCUGGUUUGUUUAACACUUAUUUUAAUAACAUAAUUCCACACGUGUUCCAUCAGAGAUUUGAUUUUCUUGAAUAUGAAUCUAGAAUGUAGAAGAUUUAAUGAAAGUAAAUCAACCAGGGAGUGAGAAGGUGAGACUGCUUCUGUAUAUUAAUAGAAUAAUUACUGUUCUCUAAUAUUCUGAUUAAAUAUUAUGAUUUUUGUGCAGAUCUAUGUUCUCUCAGGCUGUUUUAUUUAAUUACUUUAUUGUUGUCUGCACAAUAACAAACCUCACAUCUGUGUGUGUGUAUGUGUGUUGAUUGUGUUGAAAAAUAAAAAUGUUUAAAAUAAAAAA